AUGGUCACAAUUGGCUCGCUGAAUACUUUCCGAAGCCUUGACUUGCACGCAAAGCAUAUUUCAGGUCGCUUUUUUCGUAGAGUGCUCAAUGACCCAGUUCGUCCACCUGAGCCGUGUCCUACAUCUCAAAGCCUCAAUCGUCUCUCGACUUUUUCAACUCAGUGCUUCUCUACCUCCUCUUCGCAUCCUGGUUAUUUCAACUCUCCAUCUUCCUUAAAUCCUUCCGUCAUAACGACCACCCCAUCAGGUUCUCCUAUUUUCCAUACCAAGGGGGUUUUUUCCUCUUCUCCAGAGGGUCCCUCUCCUCUAAACGUUCGGUAUGUUCCCGAGUCUUUCCUCUCCCCUUCAUCUUCGUCACAAUUACAGUCCCUCCCAACAUCUAGUUCUAACUGCUUACUCAUCGAAACUGCUGUAUCCCGUGCUUUCUCUCCAACGAGUCCACUUAUCCAGAGAUCGUUCAACGAAACAGCUCCUCUCACAGUUCUCUCCACUUUUGGCCAGAUAGCUCACUCUCCUUCUCACCCAGCGCCCACCGAUGCUCCCCCCGAGGCGAUAACAAUGCCGAUACAACCUAGCGGUAUUAUUGACAGUUUUUUCUCUUCGCCCACAUCUACUUCAGUUUUCGUAGCAUCCUACAAAGACACUCAUCCCCGUCUUCGUCCCUCAUUGCUACAUGGACUCGCAGCAAACCAUUUGCCGGACAUUUCUAAGUCAUCAAACAUCCCGGACUGCUUGGCUAGCAUCGAUACCCAUGUGGAGACGACAAAUCCUGCCAAUGGAACCAAGCAGGCUUGGCUGUGCACAGUUCCACCACAAAUCUCAGCUGGAAGAGAGAUCGAAAUCACUAGAUUCGGCAAGGGGUAUGUUGUAUGCAUUACUUAA